CGCUUUGGGGUAGCCAUGUCCUAUUUCAUGUCUCCACAAACUCAUCUAGGUCUUCUGCCUUCCGGCCAAGGUGAGACUGCUUCUAGAGGCUCAUCUCUUGGCCCCUAUAGUCCUGUAGAGCCAGUGGUGGUGGCCUCUGGUGGACGAGGCCAACUGAACCAGAAAACUGAGCAGGUGGUACCUGCUGUCCAGGCCUGGGGCCCAACUCUGGCAGUGCCGGAAGCCAGGGGCUGCCCUGGGGGGCCUAGCUGGGAGACACUGCGGCAGAAGGAGUACGGCCGAUACUGCCACAAGUUCCCCCAUGUGAAGCAGCCUGAGAGCUUGGGCUGGGAGGAUGGCUGCUCCAGAAGCAGAGCUCCCCACCUGGGUGGCUCCAGCAGGCCUGGGCCCCUACUACUGUGCGGGCUAUCACCAGGAGUUGUGCCGAAGCCCUCUGAGGCAGGGGGAAAGGAGGCCGGCUCCCAGCCCGACAUCUGCAUCCUUACCCUGGCCAUGAUGAUUGCUGGCAUCCCCACCGUGCCAGUCCCAGGCCUGCGGGAAGAGGACCUAAUCCGGGCGGCUCAAGCUUUCAUGAUGGCCCAUCCAGAGCCAGAGGGGGCUGUGGAGGGGGUGCAGUGGGGGCAGGUGCAUGCCCGCACAGCCUCUGGGCACAUGCCCCUAGUGAGAUCCAGGAGGGGCCAGCCUCCUGGCUCCUGCUUGUAGCUGAUGAAAUAGCAUCAGACACAGAGGGUGGCUUCUCCGUAUGAUUUUUGGGCUGAUAGGGUUGGGGGUGCCUCUGGCAGGGAUGGGGAUAGGGUGGGUGAUUGAGCCACUCUGAUGAAUACCAGACUCCAGGAAGUUCCUCUAGAAACCACCGACCCAGGAGACAGGUCUUGUCAGAGUAAUUAUAAUGAAAAUUACCUGAGGUAGGGACCCUGCUUGGAGAGCGGAGGUUUCUUCUGUAUUGUUUUGGGACUUGAUCAAAACUUCUUGUACAAAGUCAUAGGCAAUGUGCAUUUCCUCUUGCCUUACAUUUCCCACCUGUUGAGGGCAGGUGAUGAGACCACAGGCAAGGAAGGAAAAUUAAUACUUAUUUGAGCACCCACUGGGCACCAGGCCCAUUAUAUGCCCAGUCCUUUAAUCUUACCAGUGCUGUGAGGAUCUUCAUUUUUAUAGACGAACAAAUUGGGGCUUAGACAGAUGACUUGCCUGAGGUCCCAUAGCUAGUAAAAGGCAGACCAGGUCUCAAAAAUCAGGCAAGUAGGGAACCAGGAUUUGCAUGUAGCAUCGGACUCCAAAUUCUCUAUUCUUUCCAUGACAUUUCCUAAUGUGCCUUCCGCAAGAUAAAAAACUAGACGAGAGCUAAAGUAGGCAACAUUCAACUUUAAUGACCUCAGGAUGGGGCCAGGGUAGUAAAAAGACUGGGAACCUGGCUGCACCAGCUCCGCUGAGGGGCCUCUUCCUCUGGGAGUCAGGAGAGUCAUCUCAUGACUGGGGUAACUUAUCC